CUCACAAAUAUUAUUUGUAUUAAAAAAACGACGUCUCUUGUCACUACUGCUUUUUUAUUUAGUUUAAAAGAGCCACUCGAGCGUUCUUCUACUAGCCCGCAUGACAUCGACCUUCACAAGGCGAGUUUCGUUCAAUAAUCUCCAGCCCGAUUACAUCGAGUCCAAUGACAUUUCCCCAUUCAAGCAAAAUUACUCUCUUCUGUUCCAGGGGAAUACCCCCGGUAAUAACGGUGUAUCCGGAAAUGGGUACACCAGUGUAAAUCAUUUUGAUGUAGCACGAUUAUAUCUGUCCACCGCAGUGGCUCAGCCUCCACUUGGCACGUCCAAGAGGAAAUGUAAUCGACUCCCAGAUCCACCUUCAAAAUCCAUUUUGAAGAACUCAUUACUGGAAAGACAACGACUGUUAAACAUCGAGCAUAGUCAUACGUUGGGCACGAAUUAUCAUGGUGAUCUCAACGAUAUGGUGGAUAACCCCCCGACUAAUGGCCCCAAGUCCGAGGUCGGACUUCCAGACCUUGAUGUAGCAGUGGAAACUUCAGAUUCAGAUGAUCCAGAUAAUGAAGAAAGGGCGGCCCCAGAACCUCCAAAGAGACAUAGAUCGUAUUCUGGGAUGACCGAUGAAGAACUUAUGGCGUUGGAUCCGCAAUAUCAAACAACAAAAUCAAAAGUUUCCAACGUUGAUAUGUUCAAGUUUGACUCACAAAAGACGUAUUAUCUCCCAUCUGCGAGAAAGAGCUCCGUUUCCGGAUCCGGCACUGGUGUCGGAGCCGCUGGAAAGACUGGGUUCAUCUACCCAACGUCCAACGAGAACAACUACAAAUCCAUCAGUCUUACCGUGAAACACCCUGGUUUCGAUGAAACUGGUGGCAAUGAUGGUGAGCUUCAUAGAUGUCUUCUCACAGUCAUAUCUGGCCGUAGGCAUUCUUGGAACUCUCUUGACUGGCUUUUCAAGUCCAAUCCUUCCAAUUCCAAUUCUCCUUGCAAAAAUCUGGAAAAUCCAUCAACUUUCCUUCAAGACGGAGAUUAUCUUGUAGUGGCUGCAUCAAUCCCAGCAAAAGUGAUUCAAUCCCAAUUGAAAAAAUCAAAGAAAAGAGGAUCUACUGGUAGCAUUUAUAACCCUGACACCGAUGGGUUUUUAUAUAAAAAGUGUGAGAAUCUUCUCCAUUACAUUCUUGAGAAUAUCCCUCAAGACCUCAAAUUGAAGAUCACGGUGGAAUUUAUUUCCGACAAUACCAUCAAUUUUGAUAGUUCUGGCAAUCUUUUGUCCUCCAAUGGAUCUGUCAAUGGUGGUAGUAUUAGUAAUGGAGGAUCCAUUGGGAAUGGUAAUGGACAUGGCCAUACGAAUGGUCAUAUCAAUGGACAUGGACUGUGUCAUGGCAACUCUCCCUCGGGUGUAUUGAAAAGACAACCAUUGGUGGGUACCAAGUUUAUGCUCAGCAAACUUGUACAUCAAUAUCAGCCAUAUUUGGUGAUUGUAGGUAAUAAAUCAACCAGUUUGAACUUCAAGUAUCCACGAAGACUUCAUAAUACGAAACAUCGAGGUUCUUCAAGUUCUGGUGGGACCCUGGGGAGCAUUCUUAAAAGAAACUCAUUGGCUCCACCAACAUUAAUCCCACCGAUCCACUCUCAAUCACAAACUUUGAAAGAUGAAUAUUUGAUCAAAUUGAGUUCUUAUUUGAUAAAAUAUUUACCAGUUCCAGUGAUUUUGGUGGGGAAUAGUACCAAACAAUCGAAGCAAAAAAACCCCGGGGUUUUGAGACACGAUUCUACUGGAUCGAUUGAAUCCAUGGACUCUGAUUCAACCACCACUGACCAAGUGGACACAGCGGGGAAGGUCAUCGAGACCGUUACUCCUGUUGAUAAAACCCUUGGAGAGAAAAUUGAAGAUUUGUUUUCUGAUGCCAAUAACAUCAACAGAUUCCAAAAUAUGAUAUCAUUGAUUUCAGACUCAUCAUUGACGGAAUCAAAGGCAUACUUGGAUCAAGUUCAAUCGCAGCCAACGGGGAGCACCGGUGGUAGCAGCAGUGUACCAUCGAUCAGUUUCGAUGCCAACAGUCUUGCCAAUAACAGUAGAAUCCACUCCAUAUACACGUCUACAAAGUCCGGUCUGGGUCGUGGAGACUCGGAACCAAUCUACAAGGUGAAAUCAUUACUCUCUUAUGAUGAAGAACCAGAAACUAAAAAACCAGAGAAAAAAUUAGAAAAGGUAAAGUCAAACAUGUCUGCCUUAUCAAGUGCAUCUUCUCUGAACAAGGAAGAGAAGUCUACAAAGAAGAAGUCGUUCUGGAAGAAAAUCGGUCUCAAGGGGAAAUAAUUAAUGUCAAGCAUAUAACAUAUAAAACUCAUCGAUGACAAUUGUCAUUCUAAACAACAGCAUACUUUAAUAUGUACAAAGAAAUAUUUAGCAAGUAGUAAUAAAAAAAUUGAU